CUACACCACAGCCAGAGAGGAGACGAUUCAACCCCAGAACCAAAGGACUCAUAUCAGCUCCAAUAAAGACAACUAAACCCUUUUUUAGACUGCAGAUAUUUUGGAUUUUGCUUUAUUUAACAGGAAGAUGACCAACCUGUCAGAGAGAGCUCUUUUGGUCUUCUUUGCUGCACAGGUAGUUACAAUAGUUCGGUCCCAGGUGUGCCCUCGGAGAUGCCAGUGCCCUAAGGAGCUCCCCAUGUGUCUCCCAGGGGUGCCUUUGAUCCUGGACGACUGUGUCUGCUGCCUGGUGUGUGCCCGUCAGAAAGGGCAGGUCUGCUCUGACAUGAACCCCUGUGACACACGGAAAGGGCUGCAGUGUGAAUACACCACCGAUGUCCACAGGAGGACUGGUAUCUGUGGCGCUCAUGAAGGAAAUGUGUGUGUUCUGGAUGGUUCUGUCUAUCAGAACGGCCAGACCUUCUUCCCCAGCUGUAAGUACCAGUGUAUGUGCCGCGAUGGGCAGAUCGGCUGUGUGCCCCGCUGCAACUUGGACGUGAUGCUGCCUGGACCGGACUGCCCCAUGCCACGCAGGGUCCAGGUGCCUGGAGAGUGCUGUGAGAAGUGGGUGUGUGAGCCCCAGGCUGAGGCCAGUGCACUGGGAGGCUUUGCCAUGGCGGCCUAUCGUCAGGAGGAAACAGUGAGCUUCGACGGUUGGGACCCCAGCCUGAACUGCAUCGAGCAGACCACAGAAUGGGGAGCCUGCUCUCAAACUUGCGGCAUGGGAGUGUCCACCAGGGUCAGCAAUAAGAACCGUCGCUGUGAGAUGAUGAAGCAGAGCCGACUGUGUAUGAUCAGACCCUGUGACAACCAGCAGGAACAGACCCAGCUGACACAACUUGCACAGAAGAGAGGCAGUAAGUGUCAGAGGAUAGUGAGGAGCGAUGCAGCCGUCCACCUCUCCUAUAAGAACUGCACCAGCGUCCAGGCCUACAAGCCUCGCUACUGCGGCUCCUGCACGGACGGCCGCUGCUGUACCCCCCACCGAACCAAAACCGCCCUGGUUGAGUUCAAGUGUGCCAGAGGAAAAACCACGAAGAGACCGGUCAUGGUAAUCCUGACCUGUGCCUGUCACAACCACUGUCCCAGAGACAACGCUGUGUGGCAGCCAUCGGAGAUGGGAUACAGCGGUUAUAGGUCACAAAGUCUCUCUUAAAAGGAACAAUGGCUUUCUAUUCACUUUAAAACCUGAGUUGCAUUAACUCUAAAUGUUAGAUUAAAACAAGUCUGCGAUAUAUCGACAGUGAAAAUAAGAUUAUAUCUGCUUAUUAUGGUCAGAAUUAUACUUAUAUUCAUAAAAUCCUGUGGACAAAUAAGUGUCAUCUUCACUAUUGUUUAGUAGAAUCAAAGCACUUAAACGAUGUGAUAUAUCAGGCGGAGUACACUUUCAACCAUUCACAACAGACUUCAGUUGGAUGGAUGUCUGUAGGUGCUCUUACAUUGUGGGAGUUAACUUAAAACAGCCUCUACUUCAGAGGUCAAAUAUAAAGGUGAACAGUUACAGGGUAGUAGGGACAUACAUUGUGAGUGUCAUGGUUGCUUCCAACCAGAUGGUUUGAUUGGUUUGAUUGUCGGGUUGGCUGAUCAGGAAAAAUAUAUUGUUUUUUAGACAAAGAGCAAGAAACCAGUGUGUUUUGUUUACCCUAAAUCAUAAGGAGGAAAGCUCGGCAAUGUAAAGGAGAAAGUAGAUUCUCUUUCAGAAUAAAUUAAAACACCAGCUGUAUUGUGACAAUUUGACACCUUAAUCUAUAAAAGAAACUCUAAUAAUAAUACUCUAAUCCCUUAGGAUGAGCUGUUACCUUUUAGUGGCACUACCAUGGAAAUCUUUCAACUAUGGGAUGCAUUUUUGAAAUAACUGGACUGUGUGCUCUGACCUGGUCCAAAGAGAGGUUGCUGUAGUUACCUAGUGCCAUUUCUAACAACUGCUUGAAAUCUGACCCCUAUUAAAUAAUGUCGAUGCUCUCUUCAAUAAAUAAUUGUUUUAUUUUUAUUUUAGGUUUUAGGUAUUUUCUUUUUGUUAAAGUAGUGCUAAACAACAGCUAUUUUAUAAUGACAAACGUUUUGUAAAUACUUGCAUGUAGAGCUUGAUGACUGAGUGUAUAUCAAAUACACAGCUUUAAUCGGUAACAAUGUAAACAUGAAUUGUAUAUAUUGGUAUGGUAUUUUUUUGCUUACUACAUGAAUUAUACCUCACACUGCUUGAAUAAUACUGCCAAACAUUUGAAAGUAAAUGUGUAUUUUUUGUAUCAAGGUUUUAAUCUCUUUAUUACAUUUAACGCUAAAAUCAUUAUUUUCUCCAGUGCAAUAAUUGGGCUGAUAAAAGAGAUGAUGACUUGUGUUUAAAUGAGGGGUAGCUUUAGGGUGAAUUAAUUAGUAGAAGGAAAUCAGGAAGGAAUUGCCCAAGAAAUUAUGUAAUUAAUUGUUUCACGGAUGUGUCAUGUAGGUUUUAGGUCAGUCUGUCAAGUGUUACCUAAUACUAACAAUAUGGCUGCUCCAUAUUGAUCUGUACUGAUGCAAAUUAAAAAAAAAUCCUCCAGGAAUACUGUUUUUGUU